CUGAUGUCUCCUUUUGUAGCAUGUUCUUGAAAAUGGAGGUUCCCAGGUUCAACUCUCUGCUACAGUGCAGAAAACGGGCUAAGAGCGACUGGCUUGUAGCUUCCAUCGCAUUCGUCUUGGUCGUGUUUUUCAUCUCUUUCUUCUUAGAUCCCACGUUCGAUGCUUUCCCACCAAUAAUAUUGCUCUUAUUCUUUGACAGAUCUAAGCUCAUUACAUCCCCAACUAAUCUGGUCAAACUCAAGUUGUCUAGUAAAGCUAAAGAGAGAGGAGCCUUUUGCUUGGAUGGAAGCUUGCCUGGGUACCAUUUUGACAAGGGUUCUGGAUCUGGCUCGAAUAGCUGGCUUCUUCAUCUUCAGGGUGGAGGGUGGUGCAACACAAUUGCUUCAUGUUCCGCUCGAGCAAUGACUAUGUUUGGCUCAUCCAACUACUUUGAAGAUGAAGUUGAGUUUCCAGGUGUUUUAAGCAACGACCCAUCUCAAAACCCUGAAUUCUAUAACUGGAACAGAGUUGUGAUACGGUACUGUGAUGGCGCUUCUUUCUCUGGACACCCUGAAGCUGAAUUCAAGAACGGAACACGGCUCUUCUUCAGGGGCCAGCUCAUUUGGGAGGCAAUUAUGGAUGAGCUGUUGUCGAUGGGAAUGUCAGAUUCCAAACAAGGCAUUCUUACAGGAUGUUCUGCUGGUGGUUUGGCAACUCUUAUACACUGUGACGACUUUAGUGAUCAUCUCCCAAAAGAUGCAGAUGUCAAAUGUGUUUCUGACGGUGGCUUCUUCCUCAACGUGCUUGAUGUCCUUGGAAACCCUACAAUGAGAUCUUUCUAUCAUGAUGUUGUUACCUUGCAGGGCGUAGAUAAGAGCUUGGACCAGAAUUGUGUAGCCAAAAUGGAGCCAUCCAAGUGUAUGUUUCCUCAAGAAUUCAUUAACAACAUAAGAACACCAGUCUUUCUUGUCAACUCAGCUUAUGAUUCUUGGCAGAUUCGAAAUGUCUUGGUACCAGCUUCUGCUGAUUUCGAUGAGAGUUGGGCAAAGUGCAGACUCGAUAUUAAGGAAUGUGAUGCCUCACAGAUGAAUGUUCUGCAUGGUUUUCGCAGCUCUCUGAUGGAUGCCAUAGGGAAAUUCAAUCAGAACAAAGCUGGUGGAAUGUUCAUAGAUUCAUGCUUCACUCAUUGCCAGACAGUUACGCCAGGGACAUGGCACUCCCCAACCUCAAUAAGAAUCGAAAAUAAGACAAUUGCAGAGUCUGUAGGUGACUGGUACUUCAACCGAAAGCCGGUUAAGCUAAUUGAUUGUCCUUACCCUUGCAAUCCCUCUUGUCCCAACUUGAAGUUCACCUGAACUUGCCUUAUAGCUGCACUGACCAACUACUUUAUUUCACUUGAGGAGCACAGCCAUUUCCUCGAAUUCGCAAUCAGGUUGAGUCUCAAAAAGGGUUUUCAUGUUCUUGAAGCAUGAAGAUAUCUAGAGGAACUCACCUGCUUUGUAUAAUAAAGUUAUCGACUGAUGAAGGAGAAAGAUUUUAUUACAAAAGCAACACAAUUCACAGUUCAUAAUGGCAUAUUUCCACGUUGGGAUCUUCUGAAAUUGCAUAUAUAUAUAUAUAUAUAUUUUUUUUUUUUGUGAUCAUUAUGUAUUGAAAGAAUGUUGGCUGUUAUGUGUAAAUAAGUUCCAGAGUUAACAGAGCAGCAGAUCUUGAUAUCUUUUUGAUAUCAUAGGCCAAAACCAAAGAGAAAUUAGUUAAAGAACUGUUGCAAGUGCA